UCCCAUGACCCUGCGGUGCCUCGAGCCCUCCGGGAAUGGCGCGGAAGGGACGCGGAGCCAGUGGGGGACCGCGGGGUCCGCGGAGGAGCCGUCGCCGGAGGCGGCGCGUCUGGCGAAGGCCCUGCGGGAGCUCAGUCAAACAGGUAGGGAGCAGACCCGCCGCGGCGCGUGCGAGAGGGGGCCCUCCCCGAAGGCGCGGCCGGGGGCUGUGGCGGCAGGGAGCGCCGCUGGGGAGAGGGGCCGCUGUGGGAAGCUAAAAUGGGGUGGAAAUACGUCCCCCGGCUUCCCGUACCCACCUCGGGGCGGAGGACCGCGGAGAGGAUGCCCCGCACGGCCCUGGAUCCUUGGGAAUUCGAAAGGAAAGUGGUUCUCGAGGGACUCAAGAGGCCUAGGAGAGGGCGGAACGCGAGAAGGGCUUCUUGGAAAUAGUCUCUUAGGGCGCUGGAACCUUUACUAUUUUCCACGGCUGCCCAGGGGGUCGGCACUUGGGCUUGAACCCUAGCCGGAGAAAGUGCUUGGCGCCUCCCUUGCUUUGGGUGCUAGGGUGGCGAGUGGGCGCUGCGCGGCCGGCGGCCCCAGCUGCAUCCGGCUCCCGGGCCGGAGCGGCUGCUACAGCCGGGAAUCUUGGCGGCCAAGUCCAGGGACGGACGGAUUGCCGCGCAGGCGGCUGCAGCCGGGCCGGCAGGAGCGCGCACAGCAAAGUCCCCGCCGAGCACGGCCUUGAGGGGCGGUGCGCCCCGGGUGUUGCUUGUCUUUUCGCGGCUCGCUGUCGUCUUUCGGCAUCUGAAUGAAGGAAAGAUCGAAAAAAAUCUGCAAACCAUGCAAUCGUUCAAAAUCUGGAUCCUGAAAGCUUGCGAUGUUUGGGGCAAAGUUGAAGUUUUGGUAUCACUGGGAGGGGAAAAAAAAGUCCCCUCCCUUGCGGAUCCGGUCGUUCCGUGCGGGCAACGGGCUUGCCCUCAGCAGAAGGGACCGGCAGAUGGCAGGUUGGUACUGGGGAAGUAUGACUGUUAAUGAAGCCAAAGAGAAAUUAAAAGAGGCACCAGAAGGAACUUUCUUGAUUAGAGAUAGUUCUCAUUCAGACUACCUACUGACAAUAUCUGUUAAAACAUCAGCUGGACCAACUAAUCUGCGAAUCGAAUACCAGGAUGGGAAAUUCAGAUUGGACUCUAUCAUAUGUGUCAAGUCCAAGCUUAAGCAGUUUGACAGUGUGGUUCAUCUGAUCGACUACUAUGUUCAGAUGUGCAAGGAUAAGCGGACGGGCCCAGAAGCCCCCCGGAAUGGCACUGUUCACCUUUAUCUGACCAAACCUCUCUACACAUCGGCACCAGCCCUGCAGCAUCUCUGUAGACUCACCAUUAACAAAUGUACCGGUACCAUCUGGGGACUGCCUUUACCAACGAGACUCAAAGAUUACUUGGAAGAAUAUAAAUUCCAGGUAUAAGUGUUUCUCUUUUUCUAAACAUGCCUCAUAUAGAGUUAUCUCCGAAUGCAGCUAUGUAAAAGAAAACCAAAACUUGAGUGACUGCUCUGGAUAACCACGUGGAAUUCUAAGAACAGCUGAAGUCAAUCUAAUUUAAGCAUGUGACAAGGUAGUUAGGUAUUUAAAGUUGCCCCAGAUAUUUUCACCUGAGUGAUGCUUCCCUUCCCAAGGCAGACCAAGAUCCGUUGUUUUAAGUUAAAAAGAAAACGUCCCAAAUAAAGGCUGCAGGGACAUUUUGUCAGAAUGCUUUGCCUUUCUGAGGUUCCUUUCUAAUAGGUCAAAGGUGCAAGUGCUGGUAGCAGAGAAAGAACACCACGCAGGAGUCCUGACAAAGUGGAAGGAACCAGACUAACACAGGCUUAACUUCAGUCUUAUAUGCCUGGUGAUAGGAACCUAUUUAAGACAUUUGGUAUUUCGCAUUCUGAUGGUCCCAGGAGUUUUAUUAAACAGAUAUGCUUGUGCGUAGUUAUCCUUCAUUUUAUGCAAUUAACCAAAUCAACCAAAAAAAGUGACCAUGAAAUCCUGUAUUUGACUUUUUACUACAUGUAUGAACUCUCAUGUGAAUGAGUACUGUAGUAAUCCAUUUUAAGGGAGCCUUAUUUCAGAUAUAUUUCAAACUGGUGCAAAUGGAAAUGACUUUUGUCUUGUCCUUUAAGGCUAAAGACAAGAAUGUCAUGCUAUACAGGUGCAACUCAAUCCCUGUUAAUAAAACCAUGUAGAUAGAGAUAUUUUACCUUUAGAAGUAGCUGUGUCCCACCCUGUUGCCAUUGAUUUUUUUUGGAAAUGGCUUUAGAAAUUUCCAAGUUGUCCUUAAAUUGUCUAACCCUGGACAUCAGCAGUUGUCUCCCUUCUACCAUGUAGAAUACUUUGACUUAAUUUUCUUCCAGAUACAGGGGGAAACCUGCCUGUUUUUCAAAGUGUUUAUUUACUGCUGUUACUAUUUGAUUAGAAUGUAUUAAAUAAAAAUACUUGACUUUUACAA